UUUCUUUUAAAUGAAAAACUUUAGUCCUAAAAUAAGGAGAGAGAAAGAAGUGAUGUCCGUGUGAGUCAUGACACGGUGAAAGGCAGCAACAAACGGGGGUGAGAGGAUGCGUAUAAUAAGACGCGCGUAAAGCGGUUUUGGGAUUCUGUAACGGCGUUCAUUUCCCCCAUCAAAUCAAACAUACCCAAAAAAAAAAAAAAAAAAAAAACUAGAGAGAGAAAAAACUCCAGCACCAACAACAUUACAAGAAGCAGAGGAACAAAAAGCUGGUUUUACUGGAUUUUUUAAGCGGUUUUGUUUAGCUAAAAAGCAGUUUUCCGGGUGGUAGAGAAGUGGGUUUUAUGUGAUUAUAAACUUUUGGGGUGGUUUUUUUUAUUAGAGAAAUUUCAUUUCAGUUACAAACGUUUCGAAACUCCAAAGGUUGGAGCUUUAAUUGCAGACAAUAAUAUUGGUGAUAAAUUGAGUAUUUAUUGAUUGAUUCAGAAGCUUUGUAUUUUUUGUUACCCUUUUCAACUCAUUUUAAGAUUUGAAGAAGAAGAUUAUUUAUGGCAAAUAGUAUGGCAUUUGGACAACCCAAUUUAUCUCCUGGUGUUCGAGAUUCAGCAGGUGGAGGUGAUGUUCUGUAUCCAGAGCUAUGGAGGGCGUGUGCUGGUCCACUGGUGGAAAUUCCGCGCGUGAAUGAGAGAGUUUACUAUUUUCCUCAAGGUCAUAUGGAACAAUUGGAAGCGUCAACAAACGAGGAAUUAAAUCAGAGAAUUCACAUGUUUAAUCUAAAUUCUAAGAUCUUAUGUCGUGUGUUGAACAUUCAUUUGCUGGCUGAAAAAGAAACAGAUGAAGUGUAUGCACAAAUAACUUUACUGCCAGAAGCAGAUCAAACUGAACCACUAACUGCUGAUGAAUAUCCAUCCGAGCCACGGAGGCCGACGAUUCGGUCCUUCUCUAAGGUCUUGACUGCCUCCGACACCAGCACCCAUGGUGGAUUCUCCGUUCUUCGCAAACACGCGAAUGAAUGCCUUCCUCCUUUGGAUAUGACCCAACAAACUCCAACUCAAGAGUUGGCAGCCGAAGAUCUUCAUGGCUAUCCGUGGCGCUUUAAGCAUAUCUUCAGAGGUCAACCUCGAAGGCAUUUGUUAACAACUGGAUGGAGUCAUUUUGUGACUUCAAAGAGAAUAGUUGCUGGUGAUUCUUUUGUUUUCCUCAGAGGAGAGAAGGGUGAAUUACGAGUUGGGGUGCGGCGUGUUGCCCGUCAACAGAGCAGCAUGCCCUCGUCUGUGAUCUCUAGUCAGAGUAUGCACCUCGGAGUACUUGCAACUGCAUCCCAUGCUGUCACUACUAAUACCUACUUUGUGGUUUAUUAUAAGCCGAGGAUGAGUCAGUUCAUCGUAGGAUUGAACAAAUACUUGCAGUCGGUUGCCAAUGAUUAUAAAGUGGGCAUGAGGUUUAAGAUGAAAUUUGAAGGGGACGACACUCCAGAGAGAAGGUUUACAGGUACAAUUGUUGGUGUUGAGGAACUCUCACCCCAAUGGAAGGAUUCUAAAUGGCGAUCAUUGAAGGUUCAAUGGGAUGAACCCACAUCCAUUCCUAGAUCAGAUAGGGUGUCUCCAUGGGAGAUUGAACCCUUUGGUUAUCCUGCUGCUUCAGAUGUUGCAGAUCCUGUUGUCAAGAACAAAAAGCCCCGGCCAUCAGUUGAAAUCCCUGGCCAUGCUUCCAUGUCAGUUAAUGAUUCAACUCCUUGGAAUCCCAUUAAUGACAUCGCUCAGGCAGAAAUAGAGGAUUGUAAAACUGCAACUGCAUGGUCCGUUUUCUCUGGAUAUGGAACCCCACAGUCUGCGAAACAAACUGGUGACCUAACUGAAAUUGGGAAGAAAACCGAGACCACUUCGAGCUACAGGCUGUUUGGUAUUGACCUAAUGAAACCUUCCACACCGACAACUGUGGAGGAGGACUUUGUGCAAGAGCCAAAUGUGAAUGGAGUCUCCAAAGAGGAACAGGGGCGCAGCUUAGACUCAGCCGCUGAAUCUGAACAAAAAUCAGAUCUUUCAAAGAUUUCUCAAGAAAAGAAGCAAACGCUACUAUUGGCUUCAUCCAAAGAUAUGCCAAGCAAGCAGGGUUCCUCUACCAGAAGUCGUACAAAGGUGCAAAUGCAAGGUGUUGCUGUUGGUCGGGCUGUUGAUUUGACAACGUUGGAAAAUUAUGAUCAGCUAAUCGAUGAAUUGGAAGAGCUUUUCGAUAUAAAAGGAGAACUUCGUCCCAGAGUUAAAUGGGAAAUCGUAUUCACAGAUGAUGAAGGUGAUAUGAUGCUUGUUGGCGAUGAUCCUUGGCUUGAAUUCUGUAGCAUGGCCAAGAAACUUUACAUCUGUUCAAGCCAAGAAGUGAAGAAAAUGAGCGCGGGAUGCAAGUUGCCCUCGUCAUCAUUAGAAGGUGAUGGUACUGUUGUAAGCAUGGAAUCUUCUGGGAAUUGAAGGGCUCUUAAUCAAAACUUUAGGACCUUCCUUCUGGGUGAAUGGGUGAUCAACCUUUUUUUUUUAGUCUUUUUAAUUCAUUUUGAUGAAAUGGAAACUGUUUCAUAAUUUGUUAGUGCUAAUGUGGUGAGCUUAGAGAAAAGGAUUCUUUUCCUUUUUGUUGGCAACUCACUUUUUAGGGAGUUAUUUUAUAAAAACUUGGUAGGCUAAGUAGUAGUCCUAAAAGCCAACUACUAAAGUUGGGGUUUUUUUCAAGUGUUAAAAAUCAAUUUCAAAUCAUCAGGAUGAUUAGUGGGAAGAGAGAGAGAUAGAAAUGUUAGGACUUUUAGACUGUUGUGAAUAUAUAAAAUGUUAAGCCAUUUUUAGUGGUUCUUUCUUUCUCUUUUCUA